UGGUCAGCAUUUUGUUUUUUGGCCAGUCGUUAGUGAAAUGAGCACAACAUAUAAACGUCCUGCAUUUUGGCGCGUGCCGGAUUAUAUAGUCGACGAGGAGAUCUACGAACGUUAUGCCGGUGGUCGUCGCAAAAGUUCACUCAUCUCCAGUGCCAGUCGGCGGAAUAGUGUUAAAAAGCAUGUGCAUUUCAAAGAUGAUCUAACCACAGUGAAUUCCAGCGCUCCAUCAGCAACAGUUCCAGCGUCUCAGGUUCAGGUCGGCAGCCCCGCCUAUGGAGAAGUGCUGCGCGGCGAUAUUAUCGCCAAGAUACGUGACUAUGACGCACGUGAUGUGAGCCACGCUGACGCCGAGACGCUAUUCCGUAAUGCUGGUAAUGAAAUUAAAAUCGUCGUACAUCGUGACAGUAAAAUCGCAUACACACAAGGACUUGGCAGCGAUCCACAAGGAGCUGGACUGGGUCCGUCACCAGUCAAUAGCAUUAGUCCAGACUUAACCAAUGCCAAUGUGCCACAUAGAGGACCUUCACCAUUCUUGCCCGGACCCGGUCAAUAUGAGCGCGCUCUACAACUGCCUGUUGAUUCAUUGCCGCAAACAGUAUUUCCGAAACUGAACGCCUCGGGCGGCUAUGUAGCACCGUUGCCACAGCAACAGGGCGGCUGCUUUAGUCCGAUGCCAACGCGUGAUCACCAACAAGACGUAGCCGAAGAGCAGGCGGCCAUUGUGAAUCAACCCUACCGAACAACUCCAUUGGUGCUUCCCGGUGCCAAAGUUAAGAAGGAUGCCCCAACCACAGAAUCAUACUUGAGGUAUCAUCCAAAUCCGGCUGUGCGCGCUAAUCGCGGCCACGAUUUUCAUGACAGCGUGAUGAAGCAACGCGUCGCCGACACCAUGUUGCACAAGGUCGUUGGUCAGGAAGCCGACACUGGCAGGGUAUUCCAUAAACAAUUCAACUCUCCCAUUGGCCUGUACUCAGACAGCAACAUUGAGAACACCAUCAGACAAACAGUUCCAAUUUUCAUCGAUCUAUCUUUCCUGGAACAUAAACGUAAAAUACUGGAGCAACAAAAACUUAGAGAACUGAAAGAACAGCAAGAACAACAGCAACGCCAACAACAACAGCAACAGCUACAAAAAAUACAGAAAUUUUGAAACAAAAAAAAAAAUAGAAAAACUAUUUACUACUUAUAGAAAAGAAAAAACAAAAAAAAAGAAACAUAUAUAAUAGCAGGAAGCCUAGACGACUAAAUACAAAAAUGAUAAUCUGAUAAUGUAAUUUGAAAUUGAGAAAUUCAAAUUCCCUAUUUGAAGAUCAAAAGUUUCAGAGAGCACAAUACUUGAAAGAAUUAGCGCACAAAAAACAUAAUUCUAAUAUUUAGCUAUUUUUUUUUUGGUAAACUGUUCCCCUUUCUUCACUGAAUUUACGUUUGAAAAAAAAAAAAACGUUUGCAACUUUUAAUUGGCCUGUGAUAUUCAUUCAUACCUUCAUACGCACGUAUUUACCAACUUUUAACAAAAUAACUAAACAAUUUUUUAAGUGAGGUUAUGGCACAUAUUUUUCAAUUGGUUGUUUCAAUAAAUGUAGUAUUAUUAUUUUUUUCUUUUUUAAAAAUUUCACCUGACAUGGCAUGUAUUAUAUAGAUAGGACAUUAUUUUGUUAUUUUUUAUACAAUUUAAAUUGUUUAUUUAAUAAAACCAAAUUAUAAGUGCUAGUAAAUUUAUUAUAUUUAUUUGUUUAAUAUAUAUUACCCUUUAUAAAAAUUCCCCACAAACGUUCCCUGCACUACUUUUGUUUACAAAAUUCCUUUAGUAAUCAAUAAGCGAUUGCUUUCCCAUUGGUUAUAGCCUUUUCACACAGGAGGUAAUUGAACAAUUAACCGGCCUCUGCUCAAUUAAAACGCUGAUUAAGAUCGAUUUAUCAUACAUAAUAAAUAUCUAGAAUUCGGCUCUAAAAGUGACAUUUUGACAGUUGAGAAUAAGUUUGGGAUGCAAACAGAUCUCUACAAAUAUUUUGUUGGGUUAAUGUUGACACAAAUGUCCAAGAUCGAUAUAAAACGAAUUAAUCGAUUUAAUCGACCAGUGCUUGACCCUUGAGACAUCUAUUGGAAAACGGCGGAAGCAAAGUUGUAGACCUAAUAGCGUUUUUAGACAGAAGCAAAUUGAUCAAUUUACCGGCCUCUGCUCGAUUUAAACGCUUAUUAAUAUCGAUUUGCCAUACAAAAUUAAAUCUCCAUUUAUUUUAAAUUGAAUUUAAAUCAACUUGAAAAUCAAAUGUAAAUCUGCGACAAAGACUAGCAUUAAUACUACUAGACGGUAGAUGGCGCUACUGAAAAGUUAUAAUCAGCUGAUGAAAUUACUAACUUCUUAUGUAAAGCAAAAACAAAAAUGUAUAACAGCUGAUCGUAAAUCGAGUAGCCGGCAGUAUAAAUAGCAAAAAAGAGUUUCUUCAUUUAAAUUUAAAUUGAUCAAUUUAUUUGGCUGUCUAAAAACGCUAAUACAGCUGAUCGGUUAUGGAGUAGCCGGCUGUGUGAAGAGCAAAAACUGGUUUCUCAAUCAACAUUUUAAUUGAUCAAUUAAUUUGGCUGUGUGAAAAGACUAUUAACUGUUUUGCAGAGAGCAGAGAGCAAAGCUUUAGAACGUACUCACACUCAAAGACUCACAUAGAUACAUAUGUACAAACCUUCAACAUCGUAUAAUAAUGAAAUUUUUUAGUAGUAUGUUUUAAAAAUUAAAAUAAAAUUUUUUUUGUCUUUUUUUAUAAUUAUGUAUUUUUUUUCAAUAUAAAUUUUAAACAUUUUUUUCAAUAUAAUUUUUUUUGUUUUUUUUUUAAAUAAAAUUUUUUUUUUUCAAUAUAAAUUUUAAAAAUUUUUUUUUUCAGUAUAAUUUUUUUUUUUAAUUUAUUUUUAGUUCAAAAAAAUUGUAUUGGAAUAACGGUUAUGCUAUUGCGACUGUUUUACUAACCGAUUUUUACCAUGCAUUGCUUGCAAUGAGUUAUUAAUUAGUGCUUAAGAGUUGCUGCUGCAUAUUUAAAUACAUAAAUACUUAAAUACAUAGCCCAUUGGUUUAUAAAACAGCUCAUUAUAUAAUCAAUUUUACAUGCACAUUAAACAUACGCACAUACAUAGCUCAUGCCUACAUAUACACAAUAAUUAUUACAUACAUACUAUACAUCUUAUACACCACUAAAUUCAUUUUUUAAACCAAACAUAAUAGACAUAAAAAAAUUGUAUUAAUUUGUUUGCAAAAUUUUAAUGACUAUUAAUUCUAACGUAUUGUGCACAUCCUGUUUUUUUCUUUCUCUCUCUCACACAAAACACAUAUACACAAAUUCUCUACGCAACUGCAAUGUCAAAAACUAAAAACAAAAACAAAAAAAAAUUAAAUAUUUAUAUAUAUAAAUGUAUAAUGAAUAUACAAAAACAAAAAAUGCGAAAUGUAUGCUCGAAAUCAUAUUGAAUGGGACUGAACUCCAAACCCACUACGAAAAAAAAAAAAACAAAAACUAAAUUGUUAUUAUUGUUAUAAAAACCAAAAAAAAAUGAAAUUAAAAACUGUAAAACAAACAACGACAACAACAACAACAACUGAAAACCGAAACAUCACCACAACUUAUCUAUUUCGAUAUCGAAAUCUGCGAAAAACUAUAACAAUUACAAAAAAAAACGAAAAACAAAAAAUUGUUUAACUGUGCCAUUGGGCGCCCGCAUGACACCUUCGCAUAAACCACGGACGCCAACGAUACUGUGGCAUGGUAUUACUGCAAUUUGCGCCACUGUAUGAAAAACAAAAACAACAAACACUGGCAUAUUGAUUACAUAAUUACCACAAAUGUAAUGGUAUAAUGGCAAUCUAAUGUCUAAAUGGAUUAACACAACAAAAAAAUCAAAUAAUUACAAUGAAUCUUAAAUUAUAUACAUACGCACAACAACAACAAUGUGUAGUUAUAAGAAGACUCUUCAUUUUGAUCCAUCGAAGAGCGAAACUUAUAGAGCCAUACAGGAGGAGGGUUAUGGCAA